AGCUGCUGAAGAGGCGGGGCCAGGACGGCGGGACCGGCCGCUGGCUCUCAGCAAGGGCCAAGCCGGGCGGUGGGAGUAGGUCAGGAUGGUGGGAGAACGGCGUGCUGGAGACCUCAUGGUGCCCUUAGGGCCUCGGCUGCAAGCAUAUCCUGAAGAACUCAUUCGGCAGCGGCCUGGGCAUGAUGGACAUCCUGAAUACCUGAUCCGAUGGAGUAUCCUGAAGUGUGGGGAAGUGGGCAAAGUGGAUGUGGAAGAAGGCAAGGCAGAACACAUCCUCAUGUGGCUGUCAGCCCCCGAGGUCUAUGCCAACUGUCCAAUGCUGUUAGGUGAACGGACACUAUCUAAGGGGCCUCAGCACGAACCAACCGGAGGUUCAGGAAGCUUUCCCCGAGACCCAGGAGGCCUGGAUGAAGUGGCAGUGGGAGAGAUGGAGGCUGAUGUGCGGACACUGGUAUGCAGGGCUGCCAGGCAGCUGGCAGAAGGUGGAACCUCAAGCCUCACAGCCACUGUGCUCCAUACCAUCCAUGUGCUCAGUGCUUAUGCCAGCAUUGGGCCUCUCACUGGUGUCUUCAGGGAGACAGGAGCCCUAGACCUGCUCAUGCACAUGUUGUGCAAUCCUGAGCCUCAGAUCCGUCGGAGUGCAGGCAAAAUGCUGCAGGCUUUGGCAGCGCAUGAUGCUGGAAGUCGGGCUCACGUCCUUCUGUCACUGAGCCAGCAAGAUGGCAUUGAGCAGCACAUGGAUUUUGACAGCCGCUAUACUUUGUUGGAGCUGUUUGCAGAAACCACAUCCUCUGAAGAACACUGCAUGGCCUUUGAGGGUAUUCACCUGCCUCAGAUCCCAGGAAAGCUGCUCUUCUCCCUGGUGAAGCGCUAUCUAUGUGUGACUUCCCUGUUGGAUCAGCUCAAUAACAGUCCAGAGCCAGGAGCUGGAGACCAAAGCUCCCCAUGCCCCACAAGGGAGAAAAGCCGAGGACAGAGGGAGCUGGAGUUCAGUAUGGCUGUGGGCAACCUCAUUUCAGAGCUGGUGCGGAGCAUGGGCUGGGCGCGGAACCUCAGUGAACAGGGCACACCGUCACCCCGGCCAGUGCGGUCCAUCUUUCAGCCCUGCAUUUCAGGCCCCAGCCCUUUAUUCCCCACAUCUGUCACCGCCCCUAGAAGGCAAGGGUGGGCCUUCCGCCAGCGCUCUGAAUUCUCUAGCCGGAGUGGCUAUGGAGAAUAUGUGCAGCAGGUGCUGCAGCCAGGAAUGCGAGUGCGGAUGCUGGAUGAUUACGAGGAGAUCAGUGCUGGGGAUGAGGGUGCUUUCCGGCAGAGUAAGAAUGGCAUCCCCCUUGUGCAGGUCUUCUGGCAGUCGACAGGUCGCACCUACUGGGUGCACUGGCAUAUGUUGGAGAUCCUGGGCCCAGAGGAAUCUACUGAGGAUACAGCUUCAGCAGCUGUGGAGAAGGGAGCAGGAGCUACUGUGCUGGGCACAGUAUUUCCUUCCCGGGACUGGAACCCUGUGGAUGGGCUCUACUCUUUGCCCUACCUCCAGCCUGAGCCUCAGAAGAAUGAGGGAUAUUUGACCCAGGCUGAGUGGUGGGAGCUGCUUUUCUUCAUCAAGAAGUUGGACCUAUGUGAACAGCAGCCACUUUUCCAGAGUCUUCGAGAGAACCUGGAUGAGACCCUACAUGAAAAGGACCUUGGUGAGAUCUCCGUGCCUGUAGAGAUGGCUGAGGGUCUUCUGCAGGUUCUCAGUAACCGGUUUGAGGGCAGCAUCCUCAAUGACCUGCUCAACUCCCAGAUCUACACCAAGUAUGGACUGCUGUUUGAUAUAUUAAGCAGCUCCUCUACUUCACGAAGUCACUCCUAUACUCCAGAUCCACAAGAAGAGUCCAAAUUGGAGACCAGCUUCUCAGAAGAAGAGAAUGAGUCCCCCAAAGCAAAGGCUGAGACCCUUAAGGCAGAGGCAGAGCACCCCAAGGCAAAGACUGAGUCCCCCAUGGCACAGAGUGAUUCACAGCUAUUUAACCAGCUUCUGGUGACUGAGAGGAUGACCCUGCCCCCUGAGGUGAAGGAGACAGCCAGUGAAAUGGCUAGAGCCUUGAGGGGUCCUGGUUCUCGCAGCUCCCUGGGUCAGCAUGUGGCGGCAGUCGUGGCCACUGUGCAGAUCUCCAGCUUGGACGCAAACCUGCAGCUUUCAGGGCUCUCCGCCCUCUCUCAGGCUGUGGAGGAGAUUACUGAGCGGGACCACCCUCUGGUUCAUCCUGACAAAUCACUGAGAGAGAAGCUAGUGAAGACGCUUGUGGAGCUGCUGACCAACCAGGUUGGAGAGAAGAUGGUGGUGGUGCUGGGCCUGCGCCUCCUUUACUUGCUCAUGACCAAGCACGAGUGGCGGCCAGUCUUUGCCAGGGAGGGUGGCAUCUAUGCUGUGCUGGUUUGCAUGCAAGAAUAUAAGACUUCCAUCUUGGUGCAGCAGGCAGGGCUGGCGGCAUUGAAGAUGCUGGCCAUAGCCAGCUCCUCAGAGAUCACCACUUUUGUUACUGGCCGAGAUUCUGUCCACCCUUUGUUUGAUGCUCAGAUGACCAGGGAGAUCUUCGCCAGCAUUGACUCAGCCACACACCCAGGCUCCGAGAGCCUGCUCCUUACUGUCCCUGCAGCUGUGAUCCUGAUGCUGAACACUGAGGGGUGCUCCUCUGCAGUGAGAAAUGGCCUGCUCCUACUCAACUUGCUUUUGUGCAACCACCACACUCUGGGAGACCAGAUUAUAACCCGAGAGCUGAGAGACACCUUGUUUAGGCACUCAGGGAUAGCACCGGGGACAGAACCUAUGCCGACCACACGCACCGUCCUCAUGAUGCUUCUUAACCGCUAUUCAGAGCCACCAGGCAGUCCUGAGCAUACAGCACUGGAGACCCCCAGCACCCAGGGCCAGGAUGGGUCCCCUGAGCUACUGAUUCGAUCCCUGGUGGGGGGCCCAUCUGCAGAACUACUCUUGGACUUGGAGCGCACACUAUGCCAUGAGGCUAGCCCAGGGAGUGCAGUGAGGCCUCUUCUCAAGCGCCUCCAGCAAGAGACCCAGCCCUUUCUCCUGUUGCUGAGGACUCUGGAUGCUCCGGGGCCCAACAAAACUCUGCUGCUGACUGUGCUAAGGGUCAUGGUCCGACUGCUGGAUUACCCGGAGGCAAUGGUCCUCCCCUGGCAUGAGGUCUUGGAGCCCUGCCUCAACUGUCUGAGUGGCCCUAGCAGUGAUCCUGAGAUUGUUCAGGAGCUGAUCUCCUUCUUGCAUCGCCUGGCCUCAAUGCAUAAGGACUAUGCUGUAGUGCUUUGUUGCCUGGGAGCAAAAGAAGCCCUCUCCAAAGUCCUGGACAAGCACUCAGCUCAGCUGUUGCUGGGCUGUGAGCUUCGAGACCUGGUGGCAGAGUGUGAGAAACAUGCACAGCUCUAUAGCAAACUUACCUCCAGCAUCCUGGCUGGCUGCAUCCAGAUGGUGCUGGGCCAGAUAGAAGACCACAGACGAACUCACCAACCCAUCAAUAUCCCCUUCUUUGACGUGUUCCUCAGGCAUCUCUGCCAGGGCUCCAGUGUGGAAGUGAAGGAGGACAAGUGCUGGGAGAAGGUGGAGGUGUCCUCCAACCCUCACCGGGCCAGCAAGCUGACAGACCGUAACCCCAAAACCUACUGGGAGUCCAACGGCAGCACUGGCUCCCACUACAUCACCCUGCACAUGCACCGUGGUGUUCUUGUUAGGCAGCUCACUCUGCUGGUGGCCAGUGAGGACUCAAGUUACAUGCCUGCCAGAGUGGUGGUGUUUGGGGGUCACAGCACCAGCUGCAUCAGCACUGAGCUCAAUGCGGUGAAUGUGAUGCCCUCUGCUAGCCGGGUGAUCCUCCUAGAAAACCUGAACCGUUUCUGGCCCAUCAUCCAGAUCCGCAUAAAGCGCUGCCAGCAGGGUGGCAUCGACACCCGGGUUCGGGGUGUGGAGGUCCUGGGCCCCAAACCCACUUUUUGGCCACUAUUUCGGGAGCAGCUGUGUCGCCGUACAUGCCUCUUCUACACAAUUCGGGCACAAGCCUGGAGCCGGGAUAUAGCAGAAGACCGCAAAUGCCUCCUCCGGCUCUGUCCCAGAUUAAACAGGGUUUUGCGCCACGAGCAAAAUUUUGCUGAUCGCUUCCUCCCUGAUGAUGAGGCCGCCCAAGCAUUGGGCAAGACCUGCUGGGAGGCCCUGGUCAGCCCCCUGGUGCAGAACAUCACCUCCCCUGAUGCGGAAGGUGUGAGUGCCCUGGGAUGGCUGCUACAUCAGUACUUAGAGCAAAGAGAGAACUCUCGGAAACCCUUGAGUAGAGCAGCAUCCUUUGCUUCUCAAGUUCGUCGCCUUUGCCACUUACUGGUUCACGUGGAGCCUCCUCCUGGGCCGCCUCCUGAGUCAUCCACUAGGCCCUUCAGCAAGAACAGUAAGAGUCGGGAUCGGAGCCUGGAACCUUCACCAGUUCUUCCAAGCAGCACCCUGAGGAACAUAAGCCAGUGCUGGCUGAGCGUGGUGCAGAAGCAGGUCAGCAGAUUCCUAGCUGCCGCCUGGAGGGCCUCAGACUUUGUGCCUCGUUACUGUAAACUCUAUGAACACUUGUGGAGAGCAGGCUCAGAGCUGUUUGGGUCUCGGGCAGCCUUCACCUUGGCUCUGCGCAGUGGCUUCUCUGGAGCCUUGCUGCAGCAGUCCUUCCUCACUGCGGCUCAUAUGAGCGAGCAGUUUGCUAGGCACAUUGACCGACAUAUCCAGGGUGGCCUGAUUGGUGGAGCCCCUGGAGUGGAAAUGCUGGGGAGGCUUCAGCGGCACCUGGAACCCAUCAUGGUCAUUUCUGGCCUGGAGCUGGCCACAACUUUUGAGCACUUCUACCAGCACUACAUGGCAGAUCGUCUCCUGAGUUUGGGCUCAAGCUGGCUGGAAGGAGCCGUGCUGGAGCAGAUUGGCCUCUGCUUCCCCAACCGCCUGCCCCAGCUGAUGUUGCAGAGCCUGAGUACCUCUGAGGAGCUGCAGCACCAGUUCCACCUAUUCCAGCUCCAGCAGCUUGACAAAUUAUUCUUGGAGCAGGAGGAUGAGGAGGAAAAGGGACUGGAGGAAGUGGAGGAGGAAGAAGAGGAAGAAGAGGCUGAAAAAGAACUAUUUAUUGAAGAUCCAAGCCGAACAGUUUCUAUACUGGUCCUGUCACCACGCUGCUGGCCUGUCUCCCCACUCUGUUACCUGUACCAUCCCAGAAAGUGUCUUCCCACAGAAUUCUGUGAUGCCCUUGACCGUUUCUCCAGUUUCUACAGCCAGAGUCAGAACCAUCCAGUCCUGGAUGUGGGGCCACAUAGGAGACUGCAGUGGACAUGGCUGGGCCGGGCCGAGCUGCAGUUUGGGAAGCAAACGUUGCAUGUGUCCACUGUGCAGAUGUGGCUGCUGUUGAAUUUCAAUCAGACAGAGGAGGUGUCAGUAGAGACCUUGCUGAAGAUUUCUGACCUCUCCCCAGAGCUGCUGCUCCAGGCCCUCCUGCCCCUCACCUCGGAGAAUGGCCCUUUGGCCCUGCAUGGGGGCUUUCCACAUGGAGGUGUGCUGCAGGUUCGUCAGUCAGGGCCUCAGCCCAGAGGGGAGGCCUUGUGGCUGAUACCUCCCCAGACGUACCUGAAUGUGGAGAAGGAUGAGGGCCGAACCCUGGAACAGAAGAGGAACCUCUUGAGCUGCCUUCUUGUUCGUAUUCUCAAAGCCCAUGGGGAGAAGGGCCUCCACAUUGAUCAGCUGGUUUGUCUGGUGCUAGAAGCCUGGCAAAAGGGCCCAAAUCCCCCUGGAAGCCUGGGCCGUGCUGUUGCUGGCGGUGUGGCCUGUACCAGUACGGAUGUCCUCUCUUGCAUCCUGCACCUGCUGGGCCAGGGCUACGUGAAACGGCGUGAUGAUCGGCCCCAGAUCCUGAUAUAUGCUACCCCAGAGCCCAUGGGGCCCUGUGGGGGUCAGGCAGACAUCCCUUUGUGUGGCACCCAGAGCACCAAGACCUCAAAGCCUAGCCCAGAAGCUGUGGCCGCCCUGGCAUCUCUGCAGCUACCUGCAGGCCUCACCAUGAGCCCCCAGGAGGUAGAAGGGUUGAUGGAACAGACAGUGCGGCAGGUGCAGGAGAUGCUGAACUUAGAAGCAGACGUGGCUCAGCACCUUUUGGCUCAUUCCCACUGGGGUGCUGAACAGCUGCUGCAGAGCUACAGUGAUGACCCUGAGCCACUUCUGCUGGCGGCUGGGCUGUGUGUGCCCCAGGUGCAGCCUACCCCAACACGCCCCAACCACUGCCCUAUCUGUGUCAGCCCCCUGGAGCCUGAUGACGACUUGCCAUCACUCUGCUGCAUGCACUUCUGUUGUAAGUCUUGCUGGAAUGAGUAUCUGACAACUCGGAUCGAGCAGAACCUUAUCCUCAACUGCACCUGCCCCAUUGCCGACUGCCCUGCCCAGCCCACUGGAGCCUUCAUUCGUGCCAUUGUCUCCUCACCAGAGGUCAUCUCCAAGUAUGAGAAGGCACUCCUGCGUGGCUAUGUGGAGAGCUGCUCCAACCUGACCUGGUGCACCAACCCUCAGGGCUGCGACCGCAUCCUGUGCCGCCAGGGCCUGGGCUGUGGGACCACUUGCUCCAAGUGCGGCUGGGCCUCCUGCUUCAACUGUAGCUUCCCUGAGGCACACUACCCUGCCAGCUGUGGCCACAUGUCUCAGUGGGUUGAUGAUGGUGGCUACUACGAUGGCAUGAGCAUGGAGGCCCAGAGCAAGCACCUGGCCAAGCUCAUCUCCAAACGCUGUCCCAGCUGUCAGGCUCCCAUCGAGAAGAACGAGGGAUGCCUGCACAUGACCUGUGCCAAAUGUAACCACGGAUUCUGCUGGCGCUGCCUCAAGCCCUGGAAGCCAAAUCAUAAAGACUAUUACAACUGCUCUGCCAUGGUAAGGGGCCAGGAGGGCACAGGCAGAGCCAUCAGGCAGAGUGUUGCCACUGGGGCCUGGACGGAGGGGGUUGUGUGUGCAAAGCUGUUGGACCAUAGGUUCUGUAGGGGAGGACAGAGCCACCUGGGGCUACAGGUAUCUGCCAUCCAUGAGGUACCCCCGCCCAAAUCCUUCACCUUCCUCAACGAUGCCUGCCGGGGACUGGAGCAGGCACGAAAGGUGCUGGCCUACGCCUGCGUGUACAGCUUCUACAGCCAGGAUGCUGAAUACAUGGAUGUGGUGGAACAGCAGACAGAGAGCCUGGAGCUGCACACCAAUGCCCUGCAGAUCCUCCUUGAGGAGACCCUGCUGCGGUGCAGAGACCUGGCCUCCUCCCUGCGCCUCCUGCGGGCCGACUGUGUCAGCACCGGCAUGGAGUUGCUUCGGCGCAUCCAGGAGAGGCUGCUCGCCAUUCUGCAGCAUUCCACCCAGGAUUUCCGGGUUGGUCUCCAGAGUCCAUCAGUAGAGGUGCAUGAAGUGAAAGGAUCCAACCUGCCUGGCAAUCAGCCCCAGGGCCCCUCAGGGCUGGAGGUGGAAGAGGAGGAGGAGGAAGAAGAGGAGGAUGAGGAUGAUGUGCUGGACUGGCAGCAGGAUGAGUUUGAUGAAGAACUGGAUAAUGACAGCUUCUCCUAUGAUGAGUCUGAGAACCUGGACCGAGAGACUUUCUUCUUUGGUGAUGAGGAGGACGAUGAUGAUGAGGCAUAUGACUAAGGGGGCAGGAUGCAGAAACACCUGCAAUGCCCUGGAGACUCAGGGCUGAGGGGUAGGAGUCCACCCCUUCCACUGUCAUGGGGGAGGGGAUCCCAGUGUCUGCAGCACUUUCUUCUUCUGUUUAAUGAAUAAAUUUUUUUUCACAUA